ACGGCACCCAACUGGGGCCCGGUGGUCCCUCGGGAGCUGCGUUAGUGCCCGGGUCUGUCUUUGCCCCCCACCCCCUCUGCGUUGCUUCCCACAGUGGGGUGAUGGUCCAUUCCCCAGACGACGGGAGGGAGGGUACAAGGGCGGACACAGCUGCUGGCCUGGGCCCAGGCUGUCGUCGGGGCAGCGCUUGGCCAUGCCUGGAGACAUUCGUGGUGGUGGUCCCGCCUUGGGACUGCUCCUGGCAUGGAGUGGGUGGAGGCCAGGGAUGCUGCCCAGCGUGCCGCAGUGCCCAGGAUGAGCCUCCCCAAAUGUCCUCACCGCAGUAGGCAGAGGUGGGAGGCAGAUCCUGCACUCCCCCCAGUCACUGGUCACCUCCCGGCCCCAGCCUCUAACAGGAUCCCAGGAGUCUCUGGCACAGGCCUUGGCAACUGGCCAGGGAAAUGCAUCUGAUCAGAGUCCCCUCCACGCUGCAGACCCUGACCAGCCUGCUCCAGAAUCCCAAAUCGCAUUGCAGCGCACACGGCACCGCCAUCCCCGGCCUAGCCUUUAGCAGACGUCACAAGUCAACGGCAGAUGGCCAGAGCCAUCUUAGAAUCCUCUGGGCAGCCUCUUGCGUGGGUCCCUGGCCAGCUCCACCGCCGAUCAGGACAGGCUGGUGGGAGCAGGGCUGAGUCCGGGCUGGGCUCGGGAGGCACUUUUUGUUCUUUUGAGACAAGCUAGAGUGCAGUGGCGUGAUCGCAGCUCUCUACAUCCUCAACACCACAAGGCACUUUUGAGCCCAGAGUGGUGGUUGAGACAGGCUGGGUUCUGUAGUCACAGCCCAGGUUGUGUGUGCGUGGCUGGUGCAGUCCAGCCCAUACCGGGCCUAACCCAGACCUCACACCAGCAAUAUGUGACAAUAUUUACUUCCAUUUGGCUGCUCGGGAAACUGAGGCCCACAAUAAGCCCACGUUUUCAAGCCCAGAAAGUGGCAGAGCCAGUAUUAGAAGCUGGGUUUCUCUACUUUGGAGAAUGCCAAUCCCAGACCACCAUCCCUGUCCCUGCCUCAGUUUCCCCACCCGCCCCUGCAGAGGUCCCCCCAGCCCCCACAUCCUGCUCCCUCCUCCUCGCUUGCCCUUUGUACCCCAAGGGAGAUGGCUGUCAUGUAAAUGGCAAGGCAUAUGAUUUGCCAGAGGCCUCCCAGGGCAGGGGGCACACAGGGCUCAGGCCAAGCUAAGGAGCCUGGGGGAGCAGGGCACCAGGGAGCUACGGAGGGCACGUGAGCCGGGGAGGGCCUCCGAGCUGGGUGUCAGGGAGACUCUGUAGGCAGACUGGAGGUGGGGGCCAGGGGUAGGCGCUGCACACCCCCACCCCAUCUGCCCCAUGACUCCCAACCCUGCCCCCAGGUUCACCGGGUGUCCUGGAAGCUGCCCUGCCCCCACCCCAACUUCCUGACUUUAGCCAUGUCCAGAGCUAAGAAUAGAAGCUCCCUGCCCGGUCCUUGCCGGAAAACCGCAGCCACGGGGGGCACAUCCUGAGCCUGGCCUCUGUUCCCACCAUCUGCCCCCCCAGCCCCUCACAACUCCUCCCACCAGAGCCUCCUGUGCUCCCAUUGAACCCGAGGUGCCUGUGGGGGGCAGGCCAAGACCAGGAGACCUCCAGCAACCAGCCCCAGAUGACUGGGAAGCCCAGCGCUCAUGUUCCAAUCCCACACGUGGGUGCGGCACCGUUCCCUAUUCAGGCCUCAGUUUCCCCAUCUCUAAAAUUUAGAGUAUUUUUACGCCCUGCCUUGCAGAGAUGUGGUGAGACUUAAGCUAAAUGCAAGUGUCAUUCUCUGAACCCUGCCCAGGCUGCUUCCCUGAAGAGACAUUGUCCUUGUUAUCUCAGGGCCAAGGACGGAGGAAGUGGGGACAGGACAGCCUUCCUCCACCUCUCACUGCCCCCUCAUCUGGAGCCCCCGUCCCACAUCCUCCUCCCCCCACAUCUGCCCUCCUUGCAGUUAGUGUAGCAAGGGCCUCAUGCUCUCUUUUGCCUCCAAGGCUUUAUAUAUGCAUUUCCUGUCACUGCCAUGUAUCCCAGACCUGGGGAGCUCCUAUUCAUCCCACAAAACCCCACUUCCCAUGCCCUCUCCUCACAAGAUGCCUUCCUAGCUCACCUCUGGGCUUCCCUGGGCCCUGUCACUUCCUUUGGCCCAGCCCUGACUCCAGGGGCUGGAACAGUCUGUGUCCAGUUCUUUCUCCAGCCUAGGGCAUCCUGAAGGGCAAGCCUGGUUUCAGAUCUCAAUUGAAGCUCAUAAUUGUCCCACUGUAUAGGCUGGAACAAAGAGAGGCGUUGGGGAGAGUAAGACUUGGAGAUUCAGGUCGGCUUCAUGGAAGAGCGGCCUUGGAGCCAGGGUUUUGCCAGAUCCAUAGGAGUUGGACGGGCUCCUUGCCAGGGAAGACAGAAGUUGUGUUAAAUGGCUGGUGACUCAAUGGGAUGGAGCUUCGGGAGGGAGACUGGGUGUGGCUGAAGGCCAGGAGGAGGAAGGAUAGUGGGCGGGGUAGCCGGGGAAGGGGCUUCCGGGCUAGACUGACGAGAGGACCGGGCCAGGGUGGGAAUCCCCCUCACUCAGCCUGGACUUGCAGCCCUCCCGGGCCCAGGGGACCGGGCGGGGUGGAGUCAGGGCCAGGCCAACUUGUCCGGUCCCUAACUCAAGGUCGUGUCUGGCUCUGGUGUGCAAACAAGGCCAAGGAGGCCAAAGGACCCCCCCUCUGCAAAGAGACGGUCCCAGGCCCUGUGUCCCGCACCUUCUCAGUCAUUCCUGUCCGGCUCCUUUCCCUCCUUCCCCAGCCUGAGGUGGGGGGUGGGCAGGAAAGAGUGCCCAUCCCCCAAUGCCGCCCGGCUCCAGACCAUUCCUCCUCUGGCUCCAAAGCCACCUCCCAGCCUCCUCCUCAAGAGACUCUCCUGUGCAAUGCCAUCACCCCAGCCCUCCCGGCUCACCUGCUCUGGGACCACCUUUCUCAGUCUGGCUGUGGAGUCUGGUGCAACCCCCAUUCCUCUGUCCUCCCACCCCACCCCUGGAAGGGGCCUCAAACAUGUCCUGCAUGUAUUAAGCAGGGCAUAACACUACUGUGUGCCGGGCUUCAGCGCACCCAGUGCAUUUGGAGCCCUGGAGUCUGGGCGCCCCCGGGGCGCCGAUCCGCCUGGACCUGCCCCGCCCCCUCCAGGCCUUGGGUGCUGCCCAGAUGGUGAAUAAUGCGGGCCUGGCGGCGGGAGCGCUGGGAAGAGGCCUGGCAGGGCGCUGGGCGGCUGGAGGGGCUGAGGCUCCCGAGGAGGGGCCCCUGCCACCCCCACCGCAGCCACUGCAUCCCUGCCACCUGCAGCCUGGGGGUCCCAAGGGCGCCGCCUUCCCCAGCGGGGAAGUCCCGGCGUGCUGGGGGCACCCACUGACCCCAAGUCAGCCAGGCCUGGGCCCGAGGGGCGUGGCCAGCGCAGGGUGGGCGGGGCUGAUGAGAGACAGCGAGAGACAGAGACAGGACGGAGAGAGACAAGACGGAGAGAGAGAGCCGCGGGCUGCCAGCGGCCCCCACCCGUCCCAGCUCGGCUUAACCCCGGCAGACUCCUCCAGGCCGCGCCCCCGGGACAUCCUGUGCCGCCACGCCCUCCAUCUGUGUCCCGCGGUGACGGGCCAGCGCCAGGGUCCUCUGCUGGGCCCGCCCCUGGCCACAGCCAGACUGACUCAGUUUCCCUGGGAGGCCCCACUGGAUCCCGUCCUUCCCUUCCCUCUGCCUGCCUCCAGCCGUCGCCCCAGCCUCGGCGCCCGCACAUCUGCCUGCCCAGCUCCAGACGGCACCCGGACCCCCGUGCGCAGGAUCCAGCCAGGUGGGAGCCCCGCAGAUGAGGUCUCUGAAGGUGUGCCUGAACCAGUGCCAGCCUGCCCUGUCUCCAGCAUCAGCCUGAUGGGGUGGUGACUGAUCCCGCAGGGCUCCGGAGCCAUGUGGCCCAACGGCAGUUCCCUGGGGCCCUGUUUCCGGCCCACAAACAUUACCCUGGAGGAGAGGCGGCUGAUCGCCUCGCCCUGGUUCGCCGCCUCCUUUUGUGUGGUGGGCCUGGCCUCCAACCUGCUGGCCCUGAGCGUGCUGGCGGGCGCGCGGCAAGGGGGUUCACACACGCGCUCCUCCUUCCUCACCUUCCUCUGCGGCCUCGUCCUCACCGACUUCCUGGGGCUGCUGGUGACCGGUGCCAUCGUGGUGUCCCAGCACGCCGCGCUCUUCGAGUGGCACGCCGUGGACCCCGGCUGCCGUCUCUGCCGCUUCAUGGGCGUCGUCAUGAUCUUCUUCGGCCUGUCCCCGCUGCUGCUGGGGGCCACCAUGGCCUCGGAGCGUUUCCUAGGCAUCACCCGGCCCUUCUCGCGCCCAGUGGUCACCUCGCAGCGUCGCGCCUGGGCCACCGUGGGGCUGGUGUGGGCGGCCGCGCUGGCGCUGGGCCUGCUGCCCCUGCUGGGCCUGGGUCGCUACACCGUGCAAUACCCGGGGUCCUGGUGCUUCCUGACGCUGGGCGCCGAGUCGGGGGACGUGGCCUUUGGGCUGCUCUUUUCCAUGCUGGGCGGCCUCUCGGUUGGGCUGUCCUUCCUGCUGAACACCGUCAGCGUGGCCACCCUGUGCCACGUCUACCACGGGCAGGAGGCGGCCCAGCAGCGUCCCCGGGACUCCGAGGUGGAGAUGAUGGCUCAGCUCCUGGGCAUCAUGCUGGUGGCCAGCGUGUGUUGGCUGCCCCUGCUGGUCUUCAUCGCCCAGACAGUGCUGCGGAACCCGCCUGCCAUGAGCCCCUCCGGGCAGCUGUCCCGCGCCACGGAGCAGGAGCUGCUCAUCUACUUGCGCGUGGCCACGUGGAACCAGAUCCUGGACCCCUGGGUGUACAUCCUGUUCCGCCGCGCCGUGCUCAGGCGCCUCCAGCCUCGCCUCAGCACCCGGCCCAGGUCGCUGUCCCUCCAGCCGCAGCUCACGCAGCGCUCCGGGCUGCAGUAGGAAGUGGACAGAGCGCCCCUCCCGCGCGUUUCCGCGGAGCCCUCGGCCCCCUGGGACAGCCCAUCUGCCUGUUCUGAGGAUUCGGGAGCUGGGGGUGCUGGAUGGACAGUGGGCGUCAGCAGCAGGGUUUUGAGGUUGACCCCAAUCCAACCCCGGGACCCGCAACUUCUCCCUGAUCCUUUUACCAAGACGUCUCCCUUCCUCGGCUCCCUUGUCCCAUCCAGAGCUCCUACCACUUCUCUGCGCCCCUCCCAGCCCCAGGAAGGGCGUGGGGACAUUGGAAGAGGGUCUUGCAUAGCUGUUUUUUGUUUUUUGUUUUUUGUUUUUUGUUUUUUUUGAUGGAGUCUUGCUCUGUCCCCCAGGCUGCAGUGCAGUGGCACCAUCUCAGCUCACUGCAAAACCUCCACCUCCCAGGUUCAAGCGUUUCUCCUGCCUCAGCCUCCCGAGUAGCUGGGCCUAUAGACACAUGCCACCAUGCCCGGCUAAUUUUUGUAUUUUUAGUAGACACAGGUUUCACCAUGUUGGCCAGGGCUGGUCUUGAACUCCUGACCUCAGGUGAUCCAUCUGCCUCGGCCUCCCAAAGUGCUGGGAUUACAAGCAUGAACCACUGCAUCUGGCUUUUUUUUUCUUUCUUUCUUUCUUUUUGAGACGGAGUCUCACUCUGUGGCCCAGGCUGGAGUGCAGUGGCAUGAUCUCAACUCACUGCAAGCUCCACCUCCUGGAUUCAAGCGAUUCUCGUGCCUCAGCCUCCUGAGCAGCUGGGACUACAGGCGUAAGUAAGCCACUGCGCCCGGCCUUCCAUUGCUCUUUCACCCUGAAUUUGACCUACUUGCUGGGGUACUGUUGCUUCCUUUUGAACCACCAACCGGGAAGGUUCUGUCCAGAAAAGACUGAAUGUGAACGGGGGCACCCCCCUUUUCUUGCCAAAAUAUAUCUCUGCCUUUGGUUUGAUUUUC